AUGAGAUCCGCCGCCAGCGGGUACCAGGCCCUCCGUGUCUCGACCAUCAUCCUCAAUGAGGUCGAGGCUGCCAAUCGCAACUUGACCACGACCCCCUCCGGUCUGGAAUCCUCCUUUGGCCAGCGUCACGGCUCUGCUGCAGCGGCAAGGGCCCUCCUGAACACCCUGCACGGCUGGGACAUCAAGCUCCUAGACGAAAACGAGACUUGGGUCCACGCCACGGCGCUGCUCGACACGCAGUGCCAGGUCGGAAACUGGAUCUCCAAGCGCCUGGUCCGCGAUGCCAGUGGCCGCCUCAUCCAGGCCUGUGGCCUCAUCACCCUGGCCUGGAAGUGGCACGACCCCCGGGGAAUCCGCGUCCACGAAUGUCAGUUUUACGUCUUCCCCGAGUCGCCCCACCUUGACGUCUUGUUCGGUGCCCAGUACAUUGUGUCGGGGGACUUGCUCCGCGUCAACGAGUCGGCCAUCUUGCCGUUCGUGGAGCACAAGAAGAGGCCCAAGGAGUUUCUUCAAGCAGACAACGCGGCCGUCGCUGCCGCAAAGGAGCGACGAAAGUAG